CUGCGCUGGCGCUCGGUCUCGCACGGCCUCUCCCCGCGGGCCGGGCCGGGCGGCGCCAGCGGGGCGGCUGUAGCGCGCGGCGGUUUUCGGUUGCCGAGGCGGCGGCGCCGGUGCCAUGGGCUGCUUCUUCUCCAAGCGCAGGAAGCCGGCGCAGAGCGGGCAGCAGCAAGGAGCCAGCCAAGAGCCGGCGGCCGGCGAGGAGAAGGCGCCGCAGUACAGCUGGGACCAGCGAGCCAAGGUUGAUCCGAAAGAUUACACUUUUUCUGGACUGAAGGAUGAAACUGUGGGUCGACUCCCUGGAAAAGUAGCAGGGCAACAAUUUGUCAUUCAGGACUGUGAGAACUGUACUAUCUACAUAUUUGACCAUUCUGCCACAAUCACUGUUGAUGACUGUGUAAACUGCCAAAUCUUUUUAGGACCAAUAAAAGGCAGUGUGUUUUUCCGUGAUUGCAAGGAUUGCAAAUGCAUAGUAGCCUGCCAACAGUUUCGUACUCGGGACUGCAGAAAGCUGGAGGUAUUCUUGUGCUGUGCCACCCAACCUAUUAUUGAGUCCUCCACAGGUAUGAAAUUUGGUUGUUUCCAGUACUAUUAUCCUGAGCUUGCUUUACAGUUUAAAGAUGCUGGACUGAGUAUCUUCAAUAACACAUGGAGCAAGAUCCAUGACUUUACUCCUGUGUCAGGAGAAAACAACUGGGGCCUUUUGCCUGAAAAUGCUGUGGUUCAAGAUUAUGUUCCUCUGCCAAAUUCUGAAGAGCUGAAAGCUGUCAGAAUUUCUACAGAUGCUAUGAAGAGCAUAAUACCAAUAACUCGAGGGCAGAGACAGAAGAGCAGUGAUGAAUCGUGUUUGGCUGUGUUUUUUGCUGGUGACUACACAACUGCGAAUGCCAGAAAGCUAAUUGAUGAGAUGACUGCCAAAGGCUUUCAGCUGGUACAGACCAAAGAAGUCUCAAUGAAAGCAGAGGAUGCUCAGAGAGUUUUCCAACAGCAUGCAUCAGAAUUCAUUCCACUGCUUGAAAGAGGUCCAGUCGUUGCUUUGGAGUUCAAUGGAGAUGGUGCUGUGGAAGGAUGUCGAAACACUGUAAAUGAUGUUUUUAAUGGAACCAAGGUUUUUGUGUCGGAGAGCAAGGCAUCAGCAUCUCAAGAUGUAGACAACUUCUACAACUUUGCUGAUAUGCGGAUGGGAAUGUGAGAUCUGACACAGAAGUGUUCAUGUAUGGUUUGACUCAGCACUUGAAUGUCACUUAGUUUGAAUACUGCAGUAGUAUCAGAGAAUUUUUGUCAUUUGGAUUUAUAUUUCUCAUACAUUCCUUUUAUAAAGCUCUUGAUGGUUUUAAUACCACGUUACCUGAACUGGAGUAAACAACAUACCUCCUUGUGUGCAUUGUGCUCAAGACUUGCACUUCAGCUCAGAAACCACAGAGGUUUUGUACUAACUUGUUUUUACAGUGAUUUCUAAACUUUUAUUGACACUUGAAUGUUUCUUGUCAGCAUUUAAUGGAAGACAUGAAAAGUGCAAUGCUGGCAUACAUUUGAUACAUCGAUAAUUGUGAAGUUUAAUUUAGACACUUUCUUAGCAAAGUAUAUUCCUGUGACACUCAUUGUUCAAAACUUUCCUGUAUGUGUAUUUGUCUUCAUUGCGGGUCAGGGAGGAAAUUGUAUUUGAUGAGUUCUUCUGAAAGCUUAGUCUGAAAUAGACUUUUCUUGCAGCAUUCUUUCAGAAACAGAGCAUGACUUAAAAAAUGUGCAUCUGCUUUAUUCUGCUUCGGCAUCUUUUUUGAAUAAAUUUGUUUGCAGGGGCAUUUAUGCAGGGUUGUCAUAUGAGCAGUCUGGUGAGUGAGCACUUGCUAGGCUCUUUGCUCUGAGGUGAACUCUGAUCAUGGGUACUCAGCUGAAAAUGCUCUAAAGUCUAAAGAGCUCUAAGGUCCCUUCAGGGUCUCUGGAGAUGCAUCUACCUCUGGUAUUCCCAUGCCACAUAUGGGAUAUACCUGAGAUUCCCUUGAGCUCUGGGAGUAAUGACACUGGCACACUGUUACUUGUUACAAGGGACGUGCAGCAACCAGGAACCAGAGAAAGGGCUCUGAUGGCAUUAAGAAAGCUCUUCGUUGUUAAGAACUUGAGAGCAGGGGGCUACUCUCAAAAGUACUCCUGAAAAUUGGCUGUAGAAUAUUACUCUUUGCUGUGGGGCUUAGAGAUUGAUUCAGAAAAUGGACUGAAGAAGUGCUACUGUCAGUUUGGAUUUAUUUGAAUAGCUAUCAAUGAGGCUGCUUAUUUCUAUAUAGUGCUUAUUAGGGUGCAUAUCUUUACUACUAUUAAGUAUGUGAUUACUUAAUUUCUUUUAGCAUGUUAGUUCCACACUGAUUUUUCCACAGGAACUUAACGCUUAUGUCUGGGUUUACAAGCCCUCUGUGAUUCUUGAACAGGCUGUGCAUGCAAGUGCACAGAACAGAAUUUAUUAAUUAAAAUUGUGGGUUGCCAGUAUAUGCAGCCAUUAUAAUCAAUUGAACACACUUUGGCUGUGUUGAGAUGCUAAAGCAAUAAUGUCCUCAUUAGCACUGUCCCUCUGAAAGUAAAAUCUUGAACCCUUUUUUUCAGCUGAGGUGCACAGUUCAUCCAUUUCACAGCUUUAGAGUUCCACAAGUGGGAGGCUGAAUACACACCUCUUGCUAGCUGUUUUUAGAAUUAGCACAUGAAUUUCAGGAGAACAGGUUCUUUGAUAAUUCUGUCAUGCCCAAGAGACGUUCUGAGCUGUCAUUUUGUUGCUACUAUGCAAAUACAUGCCCUUAGUUUAAACUAGAUAUUGAGAAUAUGUCCUUAGGACCUCUCAUUAAAGUUAUGCAUAGAUUAAAUAAGGAAGGAUAUCUCCUGAAGUCACGAAACCAUUAGCAUACUGAAGGUCAGAAAAAUGUCACUUGUAAAAUGUUAUUAUUCGAUAGAGUGAAAUAAAAUGAAACUGCCACCUAAAUCUGACUGGUAGAAGAAAUUGCCACUUAUUUGCUCUUAGCCAGCUAGGAUUUAUUUUUUGGUAUGAUGUGGUGAGGUGAGGCUAUGGGAAGUAGCUACAAACCUUAGGUCUGUGCACAAAGCACAACUCAUCAAUGAAUACUGCUGGAAUUAUUCUGGGUCCGUACUGCAAGUGCAUUUUUCUGAUAUGAAUAAAGCUGUGUAAUGUACUUCAAAACAGUCGUUAUGUGACUUCUCUGUGCGCUGCCUGCACUGGACCAUCUUGAUCUCUAAACUUUUACACGUAAUGUUUCUAAUCUUAUGUGCUGACACGUGAUUAUGUGUGUGUUACAGGUUGUUCUCUGUAUUUUCGACCUGAUCAGGAAGCAAAGUGCCGAAUUGCUUUUUGUGACUAUUUUUGAUGAAGGAGAAAAUGAGUGAUUGAAAAUUAAUCUUGUCUUGAAACAUUGAAAACCUUUUUUACAUGCUGGAAAUGAGCAGGGUGUUGCUUCUUUUGCAUUGUUUGCAUGCUAAGCAACAUAAAGGGGUUUUUAAUUUUUAAAAACCUAAAUAAUGAAGGAGUUUCUUAAUCCAAUUAUUUAUCUUUGACUUCAAUUUCUUGCUAAUGGGUGUUAAGACAUUUCUAGCCUUACUAAGAGUAUAUCAGAUAUUGCAUGCAUUACUGAAUGGUACGUGCUUCGUGUAGUCUUUUGUAUGUUUUUUUGUAUAGCUUUUUGUGUAAUUUGCGUUGCACUGUGAAUGUAUUUCAUAAUAAACAUUGCAAAUGUAAA